AUAACAUGAAGUUAUAAAGGAGGACGCGGAUGAUGAAAAGUCACGCUGUUGGUGGCCGUCCCUCGGACCUCAGGUCACCCUCAAAACUUCCAGGAUGCUGCGCACGGCGGUUCUCUCGCUGCUGCUGGCGGCGGCAGUGCGGGCCGACACCCCGGCCAACUGUAGCUACUCCGACAUCCAGGGCGAGUGGCUGUUCUACUCGUCGGAGCCGACCGGCGACAGCAGCAUCCAGUGCGAUGACGCCACGCCGAUGGACACGGUGAUCGCGCUGUCCCUGCAGGCCCCCAACACAGUGGUGGACACGUUCGGCAACGUGGGUACCUGGACUCUGAUCUACAACCAGGGCUUCGAGGCCACCGUCAACGGACGCACCUACUUCGCCUUCUCCUACUACACUCAGGACGGUGAGGAGGUGACCAGUCUGUGUGACCGCACGUUCCCGGGAUGGUCUCAUGACGUCACAGUUCGUAACUGGGCCUGUAUCCGAGGCCAGAAGCAGGGACCGAGCAUGCCCAAAACGCACCGCGUUCGACUGGCUGAUGCCGCCAAGGCUGCCAAGAAGUAUGUCAACAACCACGCACUGAUUGCCGCCAUCAACGCGCGCAAGGACAGCAAGUUCACGGCCAAGGCGUACCCGCAACACGAGAAGUACACCGUGGCGGAGAUGUACCGACGCAGCGGCGGAGCCAGGUCGCACCUGCCGCAGCGGCCCAAGGCGGCUCCGAUGACCGAGGAGCACCAGGAGAUCAUCAAGUCUCUGCCGGCGAGUUUCGACUGGGGUGACGUCAAUGGAGUCAGCUUCGUCCCUCCCGUCCGUGACCAGGCCAACUGCGGCUCGUGCUACGCCUUUGCCUCGAUGGCUGCACUCGAGUCACAGGUGCGCAUUCUCACCAACAACACUCAGCAGCCCGUCUUCUCACCCCAGGACAUUGUCAGCUGCAGUGAGUACAGCCAGGGCUGCGACGGAGGAUUCCCAUACCUGAUCGCCGGAAAGUACGCCAAGGACUUUGGCGUGGUGGCGGAGUCUUGCAACGAGUAUCAGGCUGUGGACACGGCCACCUGUGGCACGGACUCGAGCUGCGGCCGCACCUACACCGCCACCUACCAGUAUGUCGGAGGUUACUACGGCGCCUGUAAUGAGGCCGUCAUGAUGGAGUCGCUGGUCAACAACGGGCCCCUGGUCAUUGGAUUCGAGGUGUACGACGACCUGCGUCCGUACCAAGACGGCGUGUACCACCACGACUUCACCCUGGACCACCUGAAGAGCAGCGAGUUUGAUCCCUUCGAGCUGACCAACCACGCCGUGCUCAUCACCGGGUACGGCGUGGAGGACGGCGUCAAGUACUGGAACGUCAAAAACUCGUGGGGAAACGACUGGGGCAACGGCGGGUACUUCAAAAUCCGUCGCGGAACUGACGAGUGUGGCAUUGAGAGCAUCGCAGUUGAAACUAAGGUGGUGCUCUGAGACUGGCGCUGAAACGCUGGUGAAGGACUCGGCAGUGGAAACAAGAUCCAGCGCGGUAACGAUGAAUGUGCCAUUGAAAGUCUGGCGGUUGAGGUCAAGGUCGUCCUCUGAAGGGGUCAAGGUCGUUCUCUGAAGAGGUCAAAGCCAUGUUCUGCCGAGCAAGAUAAUCGCGACCUUUCACCCCAAUGAAUGUUGUGUGUGUACAUGUAUGUUUUUGAGGUCAUAAACUGUCGUUAAACAAAUAUAGGACCUCCUGGA